AUGCUUGCUUUGGAGGCUGCGCAGUUGGAUGGGCCACACUUCAGCUGUCUGCAGUACCCAGAAGGUGUGUUCUAUGACCUGGACAGCUAUAAGCCCUUCAGCUACCCAGACUCAGAGGGGGGCCCUGACCCCUCCUGGGGCUGGACAGAGGCCCCGCCUGUCCCUGGCGCCUCCUAUGAAGCCUUCGAUCCCGCUUCGGCCGCCUUUGCCCACUCUCAGGCCGUCCAGCUCUGCUAUGGAUCAGGUCCCGGACCCUCAGCCUACAGCCUUGUGGGGAGCCUUGAUCCAGCCCCCAGCUUGGAGACCACAGGGCCAGGCCACCAGACAUUCACCUCUGAAGACUUUGCCGGUCAGACCCUGGGUCCCCUGGCUUACGCCCCGUACCCCAGUCCCGUGCUGUCGGAGGAGGAAGACCUUCUGCUGGACAGUCCUGCCCUGGAGGUCUCCGACAGUGAGACUGAUGAGGCCCUCCUGGCUGGCCCCGAGGGGAGGAGAUCAGAGGCAGGUGCCCGCAAGAAGCUGCGCCUGUACCAGUUCCUCCUGGGGCUGCUGACGCGAGGGGAUAUGCGCGAGUGCGUCUGGUGGGUGGAGCCAGGAGCCGGCGUCUUCCAGUUCUCCUCCAAGCACAAGGAACUGCUGGCUCGCCGCUGGGGCCAGCAGAAGGGCAACCGCAAACGCAUGACGUACCAGAAGCUGGCGCGAGCGCUGCGCAACUACGCCAAGACCGGGGAGAUUCGCAAAGUCAAGCGCAAGCUCACCUACCAGUUCGACAGUGCGCUGCUGCCGGCAGUGCGCCGCGUCUGAGUGCAGGGGCAGUGGGGCUCUGCGCCCCGGCUGGGGGAGCCGCCUGAGGGCCUCGCCGUCCAGCCGAGAUCCCUCUGACAUCCCCAUACCCUAAGUCAGUACCCACGGAGUCCCACAUUUGGAGGAGUGGACUGUCGAGUCCCUCAACUCUUACCAGGG